AUGGUGUUCUGGAAAGGUGGUGUUGGCUGCAGUAGUUUAAGUCGAUGGAGAGAAGCAGUGGAACGCGUGGCUGCUGGUAGGACAUCGUAUGUCGAUGGCACGGCUGGUCUACAUUGCUACAGACGUCAGCACGUGGAUUUCGCUUUUAAAUUUUCUUGGUAUUUCCAUCGACGUAUGAGUGCGGGUGAUCGUCGCCAACUGACUGGGUUUUUCAACCCUGAGUUUUAUGGACUUCGGAGUUGUAAAGUGCCUCAAGCUGAACUGAAGAAAUUGCUUGAGGCACUAAAUCAACCACAACCGUGUUCACUUUCAAGUAAUAAACCAUUACUGGCAUUAGAACUCGAUUGUUGUGUUAUUCCUAUUCGAAAUAACUUAAAACUUAUCCAAACAACCGACUUCUUUUAUCCUCUGAUUGAUGAUCCUUACACUAUGGGUCGAAUUACGUGCUGUAAUGUACUAAGUGAUUUGUAUGCAAUGGGCGUAGUUGACUGUGAUAAUUUGCUUCUCUUGCUGGGUGUUCCACGUGAAAUGACCCAAGAAGAACGCGAAAUAUCAAAUCGCUUAUUGAUGGAGGGUUUUAAGGACUGUGCAUUGGAAGCUGGAACAUAUGUUCGUGGAGGACAAACUGUAUUGAGUCCAUGGUUAAUGAUUGGUGGUGUAGCAACUUCAGUUUGCAGUGAUUCAGAAUAUAUUAUGCCGGAUCAAGCUGCAGUGGGUGACGUCUUAGUACUCACAAAACCUUUGGGCACCCAAGUAGCUGUUUCAGUUUACUACUGGAUGCUGGAGGAUAGUCCAUCUUGGUCUGGAAAUCUAGCCAAUAUCAUCACGUCAGAUAAAGUAAAGAGUUUGUUUCAUUCUGCUACUCUCUCCAUGACUCAUUUAAACCGAACAGCUGCUCGACUAAUGCAUAAACAUCACGCCCACGGGUGUACUGACGUAACAGGUUUCGGUCUUUUGGGUCAUGCAAAUAAUUUAGUCCAAGUUCAGGCAAACAAUCACUUAGCCUUCAGCAUUCAUACUUUGCCGUGUCUUGAAGGAAGCUCGUUGAUUUCCAGGGCAUUAAACGAUCGGUUAAAACUACUUCAAGGUUUUUCUCCAGAAACAUCAGGUGGUCUGUUGAUUGUUCUUCCCCGAGAAUCUGCCCAAUCUUUUUGUGAAGAGCUAACUGCUGAAGUUGGAUGUCCAUCAUGGAUAAUUGGAGAUGUAAUAGAAGCCGAUUCAAAAAGCGCUUUCCUUGUUCCACAACCAGAAGUCAUAGAUGUUCAACAUUCACAAAUCAUCCCACCAAAAUGUUCGACUAAUAGCCAGUAAUUUUUCUUCCACAUUUUCAAAAACUGAAUCAAUCACUCUUCGACUAUAUGAUACUGAUGAUCGAAAAUGCUGCAUGAUCAUUCAGCUGAUGAUGUCUUAAAGUGAUUUGAUUUAAUCCAUUUCCG